UUAGAUUCUUUAAUAGGUAGAACUGACACACAAUAAAAGGCUCAAAUCCCAGGUGCACAAAUCGACAAGCUUUGACAAAUGUCCACAUGGCCAUCACCCAGUUUUGAUUCCCUUUAUAUCACGUUCGGACAUCUGGUAUUUUUGGUGUGUUUCUAUUGCCUGCCUGUCCCCUUCCAACCCCCCACAGAAUGUAAGAUCCUCCAGCGCUGGUAUUCAAUCCUCAUCGUCCCCCAGAUCCUGGGAAAGUGACAACUCCAAGGUAUUACAUGAUGAAACGAGUCUGAAUGGGGGGGCUGGGUGACACCACAGUGAGGUUCAGGGAAAGGUAAUUUGGACCCCUCCCAAGAACCAGUGGGUCCGCCCACUGUAAGUUCUGGACUAGAGUGAAUUUCACUGUAUUUCUGAAGGGGAGGGACAGAUCAGGGUAGAACUAGAAUCCUGAGCAGAGUUCACUGAGCCCCCCGGGGGGACGUGCCGAGUCACGUUUCCCCACCCCUGCGCCCCCCCCCCUUACUGGGGCCCGGUGGUUGGGUCCUUUAUGAGGCAGGCUUGUGCGGACAGGCACCCUGAGGGUCAGUGGUCAGUGUAGGUGGAGAGCCUCAGAGGAAGGAGGCCCUGGGAGCCAGGCCCUCCACAAGCCAUGGCGAGCGUGGUGGUGAAGACGAUCUGGCAGUCCAAAGAGAUCCAUGAGGCCGGGGACCCCCCCGCGGGGGUCGAGAGUCGCUCCCAGCUGGUCCCCGAGGCUCCUGGGGGUGUGACCAGCCCAGUCAAAGGGAUCGCGAAGAAAAAGAAGGCCGUGUCCUUCCACGGGGUGGAGCCUCGGAUGUCCUAUGAGCCAAUGCACUGGUGCCUGAACCUCAAACGGUCCUCAGCCUGCACCAAUGUGUCCCUGCUCAACCUGGCCACCAUGGAGCCCCCCGACUCCUCAGGGACAGACUCAACCGUGGAAGACAGCAGCCUGCUGGCAUUGCCCGUGCCCAUCCCACCCUGGGCUCCAGAUGACCCAGAUAUCACGGAAAUACUGAGUUGGGUUAACAGUGGAUUGGUCCACGCCAAAGAUUCCAUCACCAGCUUGAAGGAAAAGACCACCCGGGUUAACCAGCACGUGCAGACGCUGCAGAGUGAGUGUUCUGUGCUGAGUGAGAAUCUAGAGAGAAGGCGGCAAGAGGCGGAAGAACUAGAAGGGUACUGUAGUCAACUCAAGGAGAACUGCCGGAAGGUGACCCAGUCGGUGGAAGAUGCUGAAAUAAAAACCAACGUCCUGAAGCAGAACUCUGCCCUGCUGGAGGAGAAGCUGCGCUACCUCCAGAUGCAGGAUGAGACGCCCAGGAGGCAGGAGGCUGAGCUGCAGGAGCUGGGGCAGAAGCUGGAGGCUGGCCUCUCCCGCCACGGCCUGGGCCUCGCCACCCAGCCCCCAGGCUGCUCCAGCCCGCCAGGGAGCCCCGACGAACCCCCGCGACGGCGAGGCCUGGCCCCAGGAGGCUGGGGAAUGGGGCCCCGGGCAGGGGAGGGCCCCAUCGUGAGCGAGCAGGAGUUGCAGAAGGUCUCUGCCUCCCUUGAGGAGCUGAGGAGGGAGGUGUCCUCACUGACCGCCCGGUGGCAUCAGGAGGAGGGGGCCGUGCAGGAGGCCCUACGGCUGCUCGGGGGCCUAGGCGGCAGGCUCGACGGCUUCCUGGGCCAGUGGGAGCGGGCGCAGCGCGAGCAGGCUCAGGCCGCGCGGGGCCUGCAAGAGCUGCGUGGCCGGACCGACGAGCUGUGCACCAUGGUGGAGCGGUCAGCAGUGUCUGUGGCUUCACUGAGGAGUGAACUGGAGGCGCUGGGCCCAGUGAAACCGAUUCUGGAGGAGCUUGGGAGGCAAUUUCAGAGCUUUCGUAGAGGGUCUGACCUCUCUAUGAACCUGGAUCGGGCCCCCCAAGGCUCCUGUGCCCGCUGUGCCAGCCAGGGACAGCAGUUGUCCACGGAGUCCUUGCAGCAGCUGCUGGAGCGAGCGCUGACCCCGCUAGUGGACGAGGUGAAGCAGAGGGGCCUGGCUCCUGCCUGCCCCAGCUGCCAGAGGCUACACAAGAAGAUUCUGGAGCUGGAGCGCCAGGUCUUGGCCAAACAUAUCAGGGCAGAGGCCCUGAGCUCCACCCUUCGGCUGGCCCAAGAUGAAGCCUUGCGGGCCAAGAACCUGCUGCUGACGGACAAGAUGAAGCCGGAGGAGAAGGUGGCCGCUCUGGACUACCUACACUUGAAGAUGUGCUCCCUCCACGAUCAGCUCAGCAACCUGCCACUUGAGGGGUCCACGGGGACAAUGGGGGGAGAAAGUGGUGGGGGAACUCCCCCAAAACGUGGGGGCCCGACCCCUGAGCAAUAA